AUAGGAGUAGUAGCAGUAGUUUACGGUCAGCUCACAUACAAACAUAUCUUCCUUGAUACAGUAUUCAUAAUCCUUUAUUAAUAUACAUUUGUGCCUUUGCGUUGUAAAAAUUAGUUUCACUUGAACAUAUCAGUUUUAGAGACAAAAAGAAUGAGGUGUGUAGAUUAGGAAAGAUUUAAAGAAAAAUUUCUUUCAAUCCUGAAAUCAAUCUGACUAAUCUAUUUCGUUUAAUCCUUCGUCUACCUGGACAAAACCAUACAUUCAAGGAAUUUAAGUGAAUCUUCUUGAUUACAUUCUGUGGACAUUAAAUCCUCCAUCACCUCCAGUGAUUCUACCUACCCGGAGUAAAUCUGUCUAGUAAUCUUCCUACCCGGAGUAAAUCUGUCUAGCAAUCCACCUACCCGGAGUAAAUCUGUCUAGUAAUCUACCUACCCUCUAGAAUGGACUCUUUAGGAACCAGUAGUGAUAUUGCAGUUGCUGGGACUGUCAGGUUUCAAAGGUUUAAAAGACAUUUUGACAAGAAGCAUUAUCCUUUGCUGGGAGAAGAGGAACAGAGUAAACCUGUUCUAAACACAAGAUCCUGUAGAUCUGCUCUGGGUCCUAUCUUAUCCGUUCCUGUUCCUAUAGCAAUAGAUUGGCUAAGAAAUAGUAAAGGAAGAUGGCACUAUCCUGUGAAUGGAGCAGAUCUCGUGUAUCCUGGAGUAUAUCUAGGGGAUGCUCCUACUGCAUUAUGUACCAGAAUUCUAAAAGAAAUGGGAGUUACAGCGGUGGUUAACUGUGGGCAAGGGGAGUUAACAGAAUGGAAUUAUGUUAACACAGGACCUGCUUACUACAAGAUGGUGAAUAUGGACUUCCUGGGUCUACCAGCAGUUGAUCUUCCAUCCUACGACAUAUCUCAACAUUUCAAUGUAGCAGCUGAUUUUAUCCAGAAGAUCGUUGGUUCAGAAGGAAAAGUUUUAGUUCAUUGUGUUCAGGGGAUCAGUAGAUCUGCAACUAUAGUUCUAGCGUAUAUGAUGAUGAAGAAAAAUCUCACAAUCAAGGAAAGCAUUGAUCAAGUGAAGAGUAUUCGAUCAAUUGCUCCAAAUGAGGGCUUUAUGAUGCAAUUGAUCAUGCUAAAUGAUCAAAUACAUAAACUUUAAAUUGUGACAACCAAACUGGAAAAUUUUAUGUCAUUUUGUAAAAAAAACUGCAAUUAAUUAAGAUUAAUUUUAUAGAUAUGUAUGAUGUUCAUCUGUUUAGGUGUUACUUCUGCUUAAACAACAGUAUUCAAAUAAAUUUUAAUAACUA